AUGGCCCUUUCCUGCAGUGAUCUUGUGCUGCGACGAAAUCUCUUGGCCCUCCAGCACCUCCUAGAGUACGUCCGCUUCGUCGCGGCGGUCGUCCUUGACCGCCUCGGCAUCGUCUCGUUGAAAGGCGAGAUGCUGCCGGAGGAGCCUUGGACUGAGCUUAUGGACACUGCGGCGAUGGAGCGCCUCAUGGAGGCGGCGUUCCGGGAGCCCAGCUCGUCGCGCAUGAAUAAGCGGUCGUCAGUGGCUCCGCAGCACAGGCGGCAGCGGGUUGCAUCGGCGGGAGAUGGCGAAGCAGACGACGACGAUGUAAGCGAGGCGAUCUGCGCGAUUUGCAUGUCGGGGCUGGAGGACGUGGGAGGGCACCUGCAGGUCGCGGUGCUGCGCAACUGCUCGCAUGCGUUCCACGCCGCGUGCAUCGAGUCUUGGAUCGCCGGCGGGGAGACCGGCACAUGUCCGCUGUGCCGCACGCCGACGCUACCAACGGCGUGGAGCGGUUGGCAUGAAGCAGUGCCACGCAUGUCUUGA